AAAGCAAAAUUUCAACACGCCAAUUAUUAAACCUUUCAGCUUCGAUUUAAAGGCCUUAAUUUUCUGGCUACUCUCUUUGCUUCUCGCUCUUAUUCUCUCCUCGCUCUUCGUGGAUUCCACCGAGCUCCGAUCCCGAUGGCUUCUGUUGCCGGAUCCAAUGCCGUUGCUUUGAAAUGCGCUGCUAGGUUUGCUGAUUGCAGUAACCGAAAGUUUGUUCAGAUUAGGCAAUGGUCUCCGAUUUCCGGCGGAUUCGGAUCGGUUCAGGCUCGGCCCAGCAUCGUGCUCCAGUGCAAAUCAAAACGAUCGUUUGCUUCAUCCGGUAUAAAAGCUCAGGUUGCCACUGUUGAACAAGAUAGCACUGAAGCAGCUCAAAAGGUGGAAGCUCCUGUAGCCAUAGUUACUGGAGCUUCUAGAGGCAUUGGCAAAGCAGUUGCAUUGACUCUAGGUAAAGCAGGUUGCAAGGUCCUAGUGAAUUAUGCCAGAUCAUCGAAGGAGGCUGAGGAAGUUUCAAAAGAGAUUGAGUCGUAUGGUGGUCAGGCUGUUACUUUUGGUGGAGAUGUUUCAAAAGAAGCUGAUGUAGAGGCAAUGAUAAAAACUGCUGUUGAUACAUGGGGAACUGUUGAUAUAUUAAUAAACAAUGCAGGAAUUACUCGGGAUACUUUGCUAAUGAGGAUGAAGAAAUCACAAUGGCAGGAGGUUAUUGAUCUGAAUCUUACAGGAGUGUUUCUUUGUACUCAGGCAGCAGCCAAAAUCAUGAUGAAGAAGAAAAAGGGGAAGAUAAUUAACAUAGCAUCAGUUGUUGGACUGGUCGGCAACAUAGGGCAAGCCAACUAUAGCGCUGCUAAAGCUGGAGUUAUUGGUUUGACAAAGACUGUUGCAAAGGAAUAUGCGAGCAGAAACAUUAAUGUCAAUGCUGUUGCACCGGGAUUUAUUGCAUCUGAUAUGACCGCCAAACUUGGGGAUGACAUUGAGAAGAAAAUCUUGGACACAAUUCCCUUAGGAAGGUAUGGCCAACCCGAAGAAGUUGCCGGACUGGUGGAAUUUUUGGCCAUAAACCCUGCUUCUAAUUACAUCACAGGACAGGUGUUUACCAUUGAUGGAGGAAUGGUCAUGUAAAAUUGUGGUACCUUAAGCUUUCAUCGGUUCUGCAUCUAUAUCAGGACUCAAAAUUAAUAUAGCUUGUUUAGUGUUUUGGAUGUUUGCUAUGAGUCGAUCAGUUUUAGCUAUUCGAAGUUUAUUCGCCAUGAUAUAAGUAUUAUCGGCAGCAUUUCCAAACGAAAAAGCUAUUUUACUUGUAGGCUUUCAUUUGACCUUUUGAACAGUUUGUUCUCUUCAUACAUGGAGUUUUAACAUUUGAAUCUGAAAA